UCACUUAGGUACGUCUCACUCACCCUCUCUCUUAUAUCAUAUAUCAAAUAAAAAACAAAGUCCAAACAAAAUUUUUCUGAAAGAGAGAAAAUAAGAGAGCGUGCAAACACGACAUAGACAAAGCGAACCACGUUAGAGGAAGGCCUCUUGGUCGGUUGGUAAUGUCCUCUAACUGAAGCCUUCACACCCUCUCUCUCCUUCUAUCUUCAUCCCUUUGAGUCCAAAACUCUCUCUUUCUUAUCUUACUACUACUAUUACGGCCUUACUAUACUCUCUUAAGAUUAUUCUUGUUCUCUCUCCCAAACCAAACAGAAACACUCCAAAAUAUCCUUGCUAUCUUCUCUUCAGUCCUACGAAAAAACAUAGAAAUCUUUCCUUAAUUUUGUUGUCAUGAGGAAACUCUGUCCCAAUUUCGACCGCGAAGAUGGUCUCGAUACUGUCCUCGAGGUUCCAAUCCCCGAAGAAAUGUUUGCUUCGAAGACUAGUAAUAUGAUAUCAUGGCAGAACAUGAAGGCUUGGAUGACAUCAUCUCAUCCUUCCAAUAUGACCGCACUUUUCGGUGGCCGAAACGCCGAGAUCCAGCUCUUGUUAGGAGUUGUGGGAGCUCCGCUCAUUCCUAUAGCAAUCUCUUAUGAUCACGAACUCAUAAGCCGUAACAUCAAAGACCAUCCUAUCGAGGCUUCGAUGGCGAAGUACAUAGUGAAGCAAUACACGGCGGCGGUUGGAGGAGAGAAGGCUUUGAAUUCGAUAGAGAGUAUGUAUGCAAUGGGGAAAGUGAGAAUGGGGGCUUCGGAGUUUUGCUCAGGAGAGAAGAAUGUAAAGGCCAUGAAAGUGAAGAACUUGAGAUCUUCUUUACAAGGAGGAGAGAUGGGAGGGUUUGUGCUGUGGCAGAAAGGACCGGAGCUCUGGUGUUUGGAGUUGGUGGUUUCUGGCUGCAAGAUCAGCGCCGGGAGUGAUGGUAAAGUCGCUUGGAGGCAGACCCCUUGGCACCACUCUCACGCUUCUCGUGGCCCACCUCGGCCCCUUCGACGUUUUCUUCAGGGUCUUGAUCCAAGGUCUACAGCAAAUUUGUUCUCCAACUCAGUUUGUGUUGGUGAAAAAGCAAUAAACGACGAAGAUUGUUUCAUCCUAAAACUGGAAGCCGAUUCAUCAACUCUAAAAGCAAGAAGCAGCAACAAUGUCGAGAUAAUACGACACACUAUAUGGGGCUACUUCAGCCAGAGAACAGGUCUCUUGGCACAACUCGAAGACUCUCAUCUCCUCAGAAUCAAAGCCACCGGAAACAACGACAACAUAUUCUGGGAAACGACAAUGGUGUCUUUGAUACAUGAUUACCGAACCAUCGACGGUGUGAACAUCGCUCACUCUGGCAAAACCACUGUCUCCCUAUUUAGAUUCGGCGAAAACUCGACGGGCCAUUCCAGGACGAGAAUGGAGGAGGUUUGGGAGAUUGAAGAAGUUGAUUUUAACAUAAAGGGACUUUCAAUGGAGUGUUUCUUGCCUCCUGGUGAUCUUAAGAAAGAGGAAGAAGGUUGUGGUUUAGUGACUAGUAGUACUAAUCCAAAGUUACCCUUCAAAAUUCGAUCAGCUUCUUCUAGGAUUAGUGCAUCUAAAGUGGCCGCCAUUGAUUUGGAUGAGGAAGAUGAUGAUCAUCAUGAUGAUCAAGAGAACUUUGUUAGUACUAGUGAUGAAGAUGAAUCAGUGUAAAUUCUUUUGGUUUCGUUGGUUUCUAAUUUUUGUACAUAGCACAUAUAUAAAAUAGCCUUCAUUCCAUCAUUGUAUUAUUUAUACAAGUUUUUGGCAAUAGAUGAGCAUUUAUAAAUUAGUCAUAUUUUGUACCAUAUGAAAAUGAAACACGACUUGUGAUCUGUGCUC